AACCAUAUCUCGUCCCCAGGAUCUUCAUGCCAAUGGUGGACAGCCUUUCCAAGCACCCUGUCUGUGGGUCUUACAAUCCCAGAGCGGGGCCUCCCUUAUAUAAGUUAUACAGGUAUGUGCAAACAAUACAAGGACGACAGAGACGAGGACAGUCUUCUGGGUCUGUAUGAAGUGGAAUUUGGAGAAGUACUGGAUGCAUCCUCACUUCUGCAGCCGUUUGUGAGGGCCUACUGCGGAACAGACCUUGCAAAGGUCAGACGAUUCAUGCAGAGGAUCUCAAGCCUUCAGGCACGCGCGCGGUCAUUUUUCCUCUCUCGCGCGUUUUGCCCGAAGGACUAAGAAAAAAGGAAGGGUGCUCGUAAAAUACGAAGCCCGACGCCCACUAACAAAAAAGCCAAAUGAUUAUAAGCUGGACACUGGACGUAGUUCUCAUUUGGCUUUGCCAAGGUCUACUUCUCACUUAAACAAUGCAGAGCUGGUGAUGGCGUCUUGUAA